CCUAUUUUAAAACGACGUCAUUCGAGGGCUAUUGAGCGGCAAAAUUGCCAAUGGUUUUUGGUAAUGGUUCAGUGAUUUUUUAUUAGGAUAUUAUUGGCUCUUAGGGUUCUUUAUUUCUGAUUCCACAACUCGUUUAGUCUUCUCGCUUGCGGAUCUCCGGGUGAAAUUUGUAGUUCAAGGUCAGUGAUUCAGAUCGAUAGGUCUGUGUUCUUUUUGGCGCGAAUUUGGGGGCGGAGCGUUGUUAGUUAGUUUAAUUAGAGACUAAUUUACUAGGGUUUGGAAUUUGGGAUUAUCCAAUAGUUUAUGCACGAAUCGUUACAAGUUUCUCCCUUGUUUGGGUUACGGUUCUGAUCAGUUAAGGCUGUGUCCAAUCCACCUCUUGUAUGGUCACUUUACCUAUUGUCUCAAAAGCUUAUUCAUAUAAACAGUUUGAUUUCGAUGGAUUUGUCUUCCGAUCAAGUUGUGAUGAAGCUUGUUGAAAUGGGUUUUGAAAAGUUGGAUGCUUUGGAGGCUGUCAAAGCUGUAGGUAACUCAUGUGAUGACGCUGUGGAGUAUAUUUUGAAAGGACAUCAGACAACUGGUGGUUUCAAGCCCGCUAGUUCAUUAUGUUUUACAAGGAGUACUAAGACCCUUGGUAAAAGAGCUAUGCCAUCUUCGUUUUCUUCGGGCUCAAAGCGUCAAUCGAGUUUGCUUGACCAUUUUAGAUCUGUGGACCAGAAGAAGAAAAAAGGUGACAGCUUUGGGAAUGCAGUAGUGGUAACGGUGUCUGAUUCUUCAGAAGAGCAGAGAAAGUCUUUUGCUCCAGUGUGUUUGGAGUCUAGUUUUUUUACUGAAACAGAAUUGCGAAAUGGUUGCUCAGAGGCUUCAUCAACGUGGGAGAAAAGAGUUAUGUCUAUAUUACGAAACCGGUUUGGUAUUUCAUCCCUGAGAAGUUUCCAAAGAGAGGCUUUGUCAACCUGGAUUGCUCACAAGGACUGUCUUGUUCUUGCUGCAACGGGAUCUGGGAAAUCUCUUUGCUUCCAGAUUCCUGCAAUAUUAACUGGAAAGAUUGUUGUCGUUAUUUCACCUCUGAUUAGCCUGAUGCAUGAUCAAUGCCUCAAGCUAUCAAGGCACAGAAUCUCUGCUUGUUUUCUUGGCUCAGGCCAACUUGAUAAUCGCAUAGAAGAGAAGGCAAUGCAGGGAAUGUAUCAGAUCAUAUAUGUUUGCCCUGAGACAGUGGUUCGAUUGAUCAAACCACUCCAGAAGCUUGCAAAGACUUAUGGAAUUGCUCUUUUUGCAAUUGAUGAAGCGCAUUGCGUAUCAAAGUGGGGACAUGAUUUUCGUCCGCAAUACAGGAGAUUAUCUGUGUUGCGGGAAAACUUCUGUGCCAGCAAUUUGGAAUUCUUGGAAUAUGAUAUACCGAUAAUGGCAUUGACUGCAACAGCCACAGUUCACGUACAGAAAGAUAUUAUUGAGUCUCUUCACAUGUCAAAGGAAACAACUACUGUGCUGACUUCAUUUUUCAGGCCAAAUCUACAAUUUUCUGUUAAACAUAGUCGAACCAAGUUUGCAUCUUCAUAUGCAAAGGACUUCCAAAACUUGAUUGACUUGUACUCUGAAAAUAAAAAGUCUAACGGGAAAAAACUAGCAGUAAUCUCAAGAGAGUCAGAGAAGCAGACUGAUUUUGUUUAUCACGAUGCUGAAAACAUCCAUGAGACAGAUUACGAUGAGGAUGAAGAGGAUCAAGAAGAUUUUCUGGCAAAGAAAAACAAUUCAAAUGGGAAAGGAUUGUCAGAAGAAUAUCUAGAAGAUGAAACCGACACUUUCCAGAGUGUUGAUGAUUGGGAUGUGGCUUGUGGCGAGUUCUUGGAAAUGCCUCAUGAACUCUUGGAUAUGCAUAUCCCUUCCGAAAAGCAAAAGGAUUUAGAAGGACUGACAAUCAUUUACGUUCCUACAAGAAAGGAGAGUGUCAACAUUGCUAAAUAUCUUUGUGGGGUUGGACUGAAGGCUGCAGCUUAUAAUGCAUCGUUGCCAAAAAAACACCUCAGACAAGUUCAUCAGGACUUUCACGAUAAUAAGCUGCAGGUUGUUGUUGCCACAAUUGCGUUUGGAAUGGGAAUUGACAAGAAAAAUGUUCGGAAGAUCAUCCAUUAUGGUUGGCCACAGAGCUUAGAAGCAUACUACCAAGAAGCGGGUCGAGCUGGAAGAGAUGGCGAAUUGGCUGAGUGCGUGCUCUAUGCUGAUCUAUUGAGAGCCCCAACGCUUUUACCAAGCCGAAGGAGUAAAGACCAGACAGCGCAAGCAUACAAGAUGCUAUCUGACUGUUUCAGAUACGGAAUGAAUACUUCACAAUGUCGAGCGAAAAUACUCGUGGAGUACUUUGGGGAGGAUUUUAGUUCCAAGAAGUGUAACAUAUGUGAUGUUUGCACUGAAGGGCCACCAGAGCAAGUAAAUGUACGAGAGGAAGCUAAUCUUUUGUUUCAAGUAAUCACUGCUUUUCAUUUUCAGGUAGAGAAUAACUCUGAACAUGCACCAUACGAAGAUUAUGGACUCGGUAACAGCAAACAAAAGAAAUUAUCCAACAAACCAAAUCUUAUGUUCUUUAUCAGUAGAAUCAGGGAACAGUGUCAAAAAUUCAAGGAAACAGAUUGUCUUUGGUGGAAAGGUCUUGCCCGUAUCAUGGAAGCCAAGGGAUACAUCAAAGAGAUGGAUAACAAGGAUAUUCGAGUGGAGAUUAAAUUUAUACAACCAACAGAAAGAGGGAACAAAGAACUGGAUUUUCAAGAUGACAAACCACUCUAUGUUUAUCCGGAAGCCGACAUGCUGCUCUCGUUGAAACAAGACAGAACAUACAGCGGAUUCUCUGAUUGGGGAAAAGGAUGGGCAGAUCCAGAGAUUCGUCGGAGGCGGUUAGAGAGAAGAGAAAAGAAGCCUCGAAGAAAAAAGAAACCCCGGAAAGAGCGAUCACGAGGGCCUUCUUCGAAAUUGCAUCCAUGGAGAAGAAGCAAAGAAUAAUAAUCUCAACCCUCCCAAGGCUCCUUCUUCUUCGCUCUCAGUCCCAUCUUGAGGCAGAGACAUCACACCAUCGAGAAGCUGAAGCUUGUGAAUGAGGCUUUGGCUGCUGCGGAAGAGAAUGUGGCUAGGCUUCAAGAACGUCAUGAUGUGAUCCUCAAAGAGAUAUGUUCUUAUUAUCUCGUUAACAGCGAGCUCCAAGAAGCUUUAGUUGCAGCUCGAACAUCCAUUAAUGAUGCUUCUACAUUUGUCAUGGAGCUUAGAAGAUUACAGUUGAAUAUUUUAAACUCCUUUUAUUAAUUUAGCUUUUCUUUACGUUAAUUAAAAACUACAAACUAGUUUCAUUUCGGAAAAGGUCAUCAAUUAAUAAUGAGAGUUAGUGUGC